AUGUGGAGGCAGGUAAUAGCCAGGUUUGGAAUCCUGGAAGUCGUCAUCUCGGAUAACGGGACGCAGUUUGCUGAUAAGAAAUUCGGAGAAAUCCUUGCUGGCUUGGGCAUAAGGCAAAAGUUCUCAUCAGUCGAACAUCCCCAGACCAACGGUCAAGUUGAAGCUGCAAACAAGGUCGUCUUGCAGGGCCUCAAAAAGCGACUUGACCAGAAAAAGGGAGCAUGGGCAGACGAGUUAGCUUCAGUCCUUUGGUCCUACUGCACAACCCAGCAGUCAUCUACCGGGGAGACCCCUUUCCAACUCACAUAUGGGGUAGAGGCAAUAAUACCUGUGGAGAUCGGUGAGCCGAGCCCACGGCUACUCUUGGGUGGAGUUGAGAAAGCUGUGGAAAAGGAUUUGAUAGACGAGGCCAGGGAGAUGGCCCAUUUGUCAAAAUCGGUGCUAAAACAAAGAAUGGCCGUGCGCUACAAUACCAAAGUGCUCAAGAGAGAGUUUGAACGAGACGACCUGGUCCUAAGGCGUAACGAUAUUGGACUCCUGACACCGGGGGAAGGAAAGCUAGCGGCGAACUAG